AUGGCAGACAUCUAUGUUCAAGGCAUCAACUCAACCAUUACUCAAUUACAGUCUCAACUGUUAGAGUUAAGUCGAGCACAACAAGAGUUACUUGAGACAAUAACAAAAGCUGAAUCAAGCUCAAAAUUGACAGAGGCAGAAUUAGGAGGCAUGAAAGCCAAUAUGGAUAAAGUAGGUCUUUAUCAUACUAAGCUACUCUCAUUAAAAGCAAAUAUGUCUAUGCUUUCAGGCAGAUCAAAGCAACUUCAGGAAAGAGCCAACAAACUCAAAUCACUCAAACUAGAAUACCUAUCUCAAGUAGACAGUAUACGUAAAAUUGAGCAAGAAAAAGACAUGUCUAUUGCAGCCAAGACCUUAUCUCCUACUCCCAGUAUACCCAAAAAAAAGAAAAAGACCAAAGCUAGACAGGUUCUUUUGGAUGACGAUGGAGACACAAGUCAAUGGGUUCCCAAAAGGUCUCUAAGUCAAAAGGAUCUUUGUCAAUAA